AUGAAUUCCCUGGAAUGGCGUCGCUUCGCUACAGAAGGUUUACGAAUGGAACCUAAAUUGGCUGUGGACGAUAUAUUGGAAGAAGCAAGGUGGGCCUGUGAACCUGGAGGCAUGGGAAUGGAGUAUGAUGUCCCUUUUGUUGAUGUUGUUACUCGGGGCAUAGGCGAGGGAGAAGUGGAUGAAGGGGUCUCUGAUCUAAACGAUGAAGUUGCCCAGAAGGCUGUGAAUGUGAGUAAUGUCUCCCUGUUGAAAACGGAUGGGCUUGCCCAUAGAGGGUACCAUGAGGUUGCGGGUACAGAUGAAAAGAUGAUGGUGAAUGGACGUUGUAGAUAUGAUGGUCAAAAGCAUUGUACUGAUUGCCAACGCCACCCCCUUGAAAGCAAUGUGCCCGUUGUGCAUUUAGACUGGCUGAAUGGAAAUGCUGCCCUUCCUGUGAUGAUUGCAGCUGUCCUAGUUCCUGCUGCUGCCGUAUUUCAUGGUCCAGCGGUGAUAGUUGGUCAGCGCGUUCAAUUGUAG